UUGCGAUACGAAACUGGGAGAAAUCCACUGCGACACUGCCUGAAUGUACAUGUACUUUCAACGUCGGCAUGUGUAGAAAAGGAGACAGAUAGUACAUGUAGAUAGGCCUUCCCCCAUGGAACUUGGGAGCGGGGCGGAUGUCGGACCCUACAGUUCUGGGGGUUGACAAUAAGUCCCAGGCCUAGGCCCCCUAGUAUUAUUAUACUGGGGCAGGGGCUUCGACUUUUGUAUCAUCAUGAUCACUAAAAAUACACUUAACCCUAACUCCCUAGGGUGUGUGCAAAAUCAUAUCAAAAUUUGAGGAUUCAGGGUUGUUAGGGUUAAUUAAACCUUUUGUGCAUUCAGUGUAACUACAUUAUAACAAAGAUGCCCUUCAAGUUCAAGGCACGGGCAAUGCACAACCUCCAUUGCAAAUGGAGUGACAAACAGAUCAUAUCUUUCUUUCUUGUGUAUUUUAGAGCCAUACUGAACCCAAAAAACCAACAUGAAUGCAGAAGUAUGAGAUGCAUUCCAUAUCUUUGCCAAACAGUACCUAAAAUGACGAAAAUAAAUUACUGAAAAGGAAUUAUAUACUUAAAAGUGUGCACUGAAAUCUGACAGACUUCCUCUUGUCUGUAGGACAGGUAGAAUGCGUCAAUGGAGGCAUGGUAGGCACCAUCGAUGUCGUUUUUUGGUAGAUACUGAUAUAUUAUUUUUGUACAUUGAUAUUAUCGAUAUAUCGAAUUUUAUUUAUUUUAAUUUUCAAGGUAUCAUAACAGAUGUGUAAUGCUUAUACUGGUAAAUUUUUCUAAGGGUACACCCCUACACCAUGAUGGUGUGAUCCAAUUCACUUUAGCGACAUGUUCCACUUUCCGUAUUGCGUAAGUUGCCUACAUGGAAUGGGAUACACGCUCCCGUGCUUUGCGAUAUCAUCAGCACGUGGUCCCAGUCUACGUACGUACGGUUAGCAAAUAAUUCUCUGUUUUAGAGGAUAAAUUUUGUGAUAUUUUCGAGGCAAAGUGUACACGAAUUACUGAGUGUGACUGAGAUAGGUGACAGUCUAUUCUUCAAAUGUUGCCGUAUGAGCUGCCCAAAGUAUAAGCUACAGGGACAUUUUUCACACAAGGAGAGCAUGGAGGCUUAUGCCGCUGAUGUCUACACCACAGUGGUUGCCAACUUGGUAAAGGACAGCAAACGUCGCUUUAUUGCCGUGGAACAAGAGUUCUUCAGACUUUGGUGGACAACUGUAGCGAGUGAUACCCAGAAGAAACAAACUCAUCAACUGGUACAGUCUGGUCAGUUGGAGUUCAUUAUCGGAGGGCAAGUCAUGCAUGAUGAGGCUGUGUCAGAGUAUAGCGCCACUAUCCAGCAGAUGACAGAGGGUCAUUCCUUUAUCUAUGAGACCUUUGGAAAGCGCCCUCGCUUUAGCUGGCAUGUAGACCCCUUUGGCGCCUCGUCAGCAACCCCAACUCUCUUUGCCCUGAUGGGGUUUGAUGCUCACCUUACGUCCCGCAUUGACUAUGACAUCAAAGAGCAGAUGCAGAAAAACAAAGGGCUGCAGUUUAUGUGGCGGGCAUCACCCUCGCUUGGCGAGAGCCAACAAAUCUUUACUCAUGUCAUGGAUCAGUAUAGUUACUGCACCCCUGGACGCCUACCGUUCUCCUUAAAAACUGGCUUUUACUGGAAUGGCUAUGCUGUGUUUCCAAAGCCACCACCAGGGGUGUCUUAUCCUGACAUGAGCCUCCCUGUUACGAAUGAAAACAUCAAGAAGUAUGCUGCCGUCCUUGUUGAUAACAUCAAGCAGCGAGCAGCCUGGUUCCGGACUCAGCAACUUCUAUGGCCUUGGGGCUGUGACAAGCAAUUCUUCAAUGCAACCAUCCAGUUUGAGAACAUGGACAAGUUGGUGGCUUACAUCAAUCAGAACGCAAAGAGCCUUGGGGUACAGGUGCAAUAUGCUACACUGGGGGAGUAUUUCCAGGCUGUUCAUCAGACAAACUUGAGUUGGGCCCUCAAACAGGAAGGAGAUUAUCUGUCUUAUUCCUCAGCUGCCAAUGCAGCUUGGACAGGCUUUUAUACCUCACGGUCAGCCCUGAAAGGCAUUGCUCGGCGUGCUCAGUCAACCCUGCAUGCUGGAGAAACCCUCUUCAGUAUUUACCUCCACCAGCCCAAGCUGAAUCGCACCGUCAACACCACAGAAGUCUUGAAUAGUCUCCAGGGGCUGCGUUGGGCAUCAGCAGAGGUCCAACACCAUGAUGGUAUCACUGGUACUGAUAGCGUGAAGGUGAAGGGCAUGUUUGAAGACCACCUAGAGACUGCAGAGAACAAGACCUUGGCCUCUAUGAAGAAGGUGUUCCAGGACCUCAUCAAGAACCCAGGGCGUGAUGAAGAGGAACCUGACAUUCUUACCUCAGUGGGUCCUGGACGUAUCUUAGAUGUCAACCGUGAUAAGCCUUUGGCACCGAUCCUAGUCUACAAUUCCUUGGGCUGGUCCGUCAAGCGAUUAGUACAGACCAGCAUUACUGACCCCAAUGUGACUGUCAUUGAUAUCCAUGGCAGAGAUAUAGGAAGUCAGGUCAAUCCCCCUCUGGAACCAGGAGGACCAUACCACCUCUUUUUUUAUGCUCAGUUGGCUCCGCUAAACUUACACAUGUACUACAUCAAGUAUAAGACCCAUCCCAGUGACACUACAGCCCACCACGGGAAACUAGAAAGUCUCGGUGCCGUUGCCUUGGAUAUAACACCCUCAAAGGAUACCAAACCGAUGCAAGGAGCAGAUGUCAAGAGCAUAAGCAACGAUUGCUUUGAAGUGACCUAUGAUACCACCACAAACAUGUUGAUGGCUAUCACCGACAAAAAGAAUGGAAAGACCAUUCCAAUGGAGCAAGUCUUUAUGGAGUAUUACUCCCAUUACAAUGCCAUGUUUGGACAGACAUCUAAUCUGUAUGUAUUCAGACCAUGGGGAGCAGGUCCACACACUGCAGGAGAAUCAGCCAAGCUGGACAUUGUCACUGGACCCUAUGUAAAUGAAACCAGACAAUCUAUCUUCAAUAUGUACGAUCCCAAAAACAGCCGCUUCGUCGUCACUCUUCGCAUCUUUGACCUUCCUCACAGCCACAAUGAUGACAUCGUUUGUGGUCACAUUGAGCUAGACUUUAAAGUGGGACCUCUGAUGCCGAACAAGGAACUUGUCUACAGGUUUUCUACUAAACUUGACUCGUCAAGAGUUCUAUACACCAAUGAUAAUGGUUUCCAAACUAUGAAACGUACUUGGAGGCCCAACAAACCAGAACCUGAAGCCCAGAAUUACUACCCUCUGGUUAGCACAGCUUACAUAGAGUCACCAAAAGAUGACAUUCGCCUUACUGUAAUGGCUGAGCGAAGUCAUGGUGUUGGAAGCCUGAAUAACGGACAAAUGGAGGUGAUGCUACUGCGUCGUCUCAUCACCAACUCGGGCUAUGACGACAAGAACAACUUGACGCUGGAAGAACCUGAGGUUGCCAUGCCAACACUAUGGCUGUUGCUAGGCAACCGCACACACUCCAGUGAAUUGCAGCGUCGUGCCUGGCUACACCUCGAGAAUCCUCCCAUCAUCAUGGCUGUCAAUCAGAAUCCAGAGGUGUUGCAAAAGAAGUUGAAAGGGAAUAGUCCAAACCCUUUGCCGACUGUUUUGACUGACCUCCCACUCAACGUCCACCUUCUGACCAUGAAGAUUCCUGGUUGGACCUACAAAACAUCCCACAAAGAGCAUCUUAGGAGCCUCCAAGCAAGAUUACGACAAGGAAGUUAUGACAGGAGUGAGGAAGAUCCUAAUCUGGAUCGGAUCUUGCUCCGUCUUCAGCAUCUGUAUGAGAAAGGUGAACACCCGGUGCUCUCCAAACCAGCCACUAUUGACCUUGCUAAAUUCCUGUCUCCUUUGGGUACCAUCGCCAGCAUUAGUGAGAGGAGCCUGACAGCUAUCUGGCAAGCUGAUCAGGUCAAACGCUGGACCUGGAAGGUCAAAGAUGACCCAAGUGCUAGCCAACAGUUCAACAAUUCUGGAGCAGCAACGCCAAGGGCUAGAAAUACAACCAUAUUCACCCUGAAUCCACAAGAAAUCAAGACUUUCUUUAUCACUCUGCAGAAGACAGAAGCUUAAGGUAUUUAUUGGCUGGAAUGUACUAACCUCUCCACCUUAAUGAGAUCAUGUGCACCCUUUACAAAUAGUCUUCUACUAAUUGAUCUGCACAUUGAAAUUGGAAGAAGUUUGGUUUUUUUAAUGGUAGACUGUUUAUUUAACAAGAUUUAUUUUUACAAUUACAGUCUACUCUUGAUACAAAGAACACCUGUUACAACAAAGUUCUAUUUAAAAGAACAGAUUUGAGGAUCCCAAAUUCUGAAAUUCUCUGUGUUUUCUUUGUUUUCCCACUCCUUUUGGAAACAAAGUCCUGGUUAAAACCAAGUGAUUCGUCUGGUUCCUGUAACUUUUUUGUAAAGUAGACAUUGUAUUGUUGCAUAUCCAGUGCAUGGCUUGGCCAAAGGUUUUACUAUGGGCAGCCAUUGGGGCAAAAAAGACAAAUAUUAUAAAUAAAACCAAGUAAUAUAAAUAUACAUAGAGAAAUGUCAUACAAACGAAAAAUAUAAACAUAAAUGAAAAAUACAAUCACAUACGAUAAAUAUAAAUACAAACGAAACAUAUAAAUUCACCAGACAAAUAUGAAUGAGAAAAGUAUAAAGAGAAACGACGAAUAUAUAAAUUUGUAUUUCUUGGUUUUAUUUAUUAUUUUCGUUUUGUCUUUCUUGUCCCAAUGGCCGCCCAUAUUUUACUGAUCGAUUGUGAAUGCCUUAAAGAAGUGAAAUGCAGAUGUGUUGAUAUUGCAGGUGUUACUUUCUUGUGUAGAUAAACUUUAUUGGGCGUGCUUCUUAAAAAGAGUCUUGAAGCCCAUUAAAAAAAGCAUUAAAUAUUUUCCUCUUAAAGCUGAUGGCUUACUUUUUUCAUUGAACACUCACCUGGUGUCAUAGAAUUUUCUAUGUGUUACUACAGGCUGCAGGAUUUACCGUGUAGCUUGUCUGAAGCUCUCUAGAAAUGUGUCCACAAAAUGUGAAUUCUGACCACAUUCAGGAGUUGCAGUUAGCUCAUAAAUUAGAGAAAGCUGAAAGUUCUUUUGCUCUUGCCCUGUUUCUAUUCGAGUAACACUAUAACAUGAAAUAUUAGAAUUAGGGCGAUGUUUUCUUCUGACGAAAGAGUAUUUUUGGUAAAGAAAGGCUUCAUACAUGCUUGUCAACAUUAAAUGUGUGAGAGUUUUACUAAGUUUGCUGUAUGUUGAAGCGAUUUCAUUGUAUACAUUUCUCAGCUGUUUUCUCAUCCUUAUGUUUUUGGUUGCCUGGUUGUCUUUCAUAAUCUGCUGAUAUUCUUGACGUUACUAUUCAAGUAGAUAAAAUGAUUAUCUUGAAACAUUCUGAUUCUAAAAAGCCCUUGAAAAUGCACCAGAGAAUAUGUUUCCUAAUAACAAUUGUAGUAAUGUAAUACGGCCGUUUUACAAUAGGGCGCCUCCAAGAGUUUGCAACGCGUUGGCCAUUCACAACGCUCAAAAGUUGUCGACCCCUUCUAAACGCGCUUUGGGUCGACAACUUUCGCACAUUGUGAUUGGCGAACACGUUGCAAUCUCUUGGUGAAACGGCGGUAUUGUUGAGUGAUACCCCAGAAACAUCACUAGUUAUUUAGAUAACCAUGAAAAUAGCAAUUAUUCUUUCUAAGAAGAAAUACUUGAUGGUGUCAAUAGUGCCUCCCCAGGAGUGCGUAAUAUGCUUUGGCUACACAGUAAACGUGUACCCAGGUGUCAGAAAGUACCUUCGCAUUGUACAGAUGUGCUUUGCUUCUUUAACAACGGUUUUUUCCAUUUUACACAUAAAAAACACACAAUGAUAUGAUCCACAUCAGAUCUGAAACAAAUACAUUAUUGUGAGAUAUGAAAUGCGUGGAGAAUGAUAAAUGUCUCAAAAGUAGAGCCUUUUAGACAGUUUUGUUCCAAACUUUGGCUUUUUUUAACUUUUCGAAAAAAGUUAUUUUGGCACUUUGUCCCAAUUCCUAAACUAAAACUUCUUGAGUAAAUAUCAUACAAAGUGCUAAGGAGUGUGUCCCUCAAGACUCUUAUCGAUAAGGUAUUCCCCACUUUGUGUUUGUGUGCAAUUAUAAUUGUGAAAAUAAUGUGGAUGAUAUUUUAAAAUGUGCAUCUUUGGAACACGUAAUUAGAAUACAAUUAAAUCUUUUGACCCUACGUGUGCAUUUA